CGGGGGCGUCGAAGGGCUCGGGGGUCGCGGCGACGACCGUGCGUCGCGCGCUUCCCAAGGCGGGCGAUGCCGCCGCGGUCGCCGCCACCACAUCCGGGCGCGCAUCGACCCGCACCCAGGAGAUGCUCCGGGACGACGCCGAGCGGCAACUCCAGGAGCGCCGCGAGGCGUCGCAGUCGACGUCGUCGUCGUCGCCGAGGAGCGAGCGCUCGUUCUUCCGGCCGAUGGCGCGGAACGACGGCACCCUCGCGCCGGUGAAGCCCGCGGAGGUUGACGUCCAGAAGAUGGUGGGCGAAAAGGACCAGACCCUGGUCAAGCGAAUGGACCAGCUCGCGGGCGGCAUCUCCAUGUCGCGGCUCGAGAUCUCGGGACACGUCAGAGCGAGGGAGAUCGCGCAGAAGAGGCGAACCGCUCAGGAAGGACGGCUCCGGAUCAAGACCGCGAACGCGAGGGACAUCCUUCGCGAGGCUGCGGUCGAUCCGACCCGAUUCGACCCCGCGUCGUCGGCGAGAACGCACGGCACGGACGAGGCGACGGUGGUCGAACUGAUGCGUUGGUACGAAGACGCAGACGUGGAAAAUCUGCCCAACGAAUCGGAGGGGGCGCCGCCGGGAUCGAUGCUCAAGGUGAAGCGCACGCGGGAGGAACGCGCCGCGGACGACGAACACGCGAAGCGAGGCGCAUCGUAGGUACAGCGGGUCUCUCGACCCUUAAUCGAUUACACGGAUAGUCU